UUGGUUGCAUGAUUGAAACAAAAAAUCCCGCCACCACUUCUGAGCCCGGAACUGCUGCCUCCUUUUCCCAGCAUGCUGCCUGCCCUGCCAAGUUUCUAUCGACUUGUGUGGAAUAUGCAGGACUAGGAAUUUCCUCCUAAGACUGGCAGAGCAACAGGAGUGAGUCAUCUCGCUCCAUGCUGCAGGCCAAGGGAGGUGACUUUUCGAAGGGAAUUAAGUAGGCAGUACUGCUUUCCUAUCCUGUAUGUCAAAUCAUUCUUAAGAAAUAGACAUGCUGCUGGAGUAUAAUCACUAGCCUCUGGGUUUCUUCUCUUUGAUCCACCCACUAACCAAUCAAUCAUAAUAUUUGGUGACGUCUGAUAGUCACAUGGUUCCUCGUAGGCCCUGCAGAGGGUGCAGAGGUGCAAAAGACAAAUCCUAUUGUGAAGCAGCACACAGGUACGUUUCAGCAGAGGGUAACUGCUCUGCGAGUUCAGAAGAGAGAGAGGGUGGCGUUUGCCCAGGCCUGUGUCGUGGCGUCCAGGGUAGUGCCAGUCUAGGUCUAGAGGGUGAUGAAUAACUGUCGAGAGAAGGAAUGAAGAACACAGACUCGUCUGGGGGACAGCACGUGGCUACCCUGCCUGUAGCAGAGUAACCUUUAGGAAGCUGUGAGGGGAGGCUGCGUGAGGCCCAGAUGGUGGAGGACUUGAACUGAGGUGGAAGAAAUUGAGCUGUGUUCUCUCUGCUUCUUCCCUGCCCCUCCCUUAUUCUCCUUUCAGGUUCCCACCCCUCCUCCAUCACAGCUUUGUACAGAUUCCUUUCCUUUUGGGGACUCAGUUUUCCCAUCUCCACACUAAGGGGAGGGCUCUGUCCCGAUUUUUAAGAACCCACCUGGCUGUCAACCAUUGAAAUCAUGACCUAUCUUUUAAUUUAGUAGUGUAAUCAAGCUAAUAUUUAGUGCCUCGUAUUUAUUGUGCACUCAUCUCUUUUGACUCUCACAACCCCAAUAAGUAAGUACUAUUAUGAUCCCCCUUUCAGAUGAGGGAGGUGAGCGCGAGGAGGCUAAGGAACUUUGCAUGGUUACGCAGCGAGCAAGUAGCAGGGCUAGGAUUCAAACUGCAGUUAACUCCUAGAAUACUCUUAACCACUCAUGUGUUCAUUUUGCGCUUUCCCAUGCCUUGCCUGGUACCUAGUGGGUGUUCAAUUAAUGCUUAUUUCAUUAACUUGGAACUCAGAACAUGCCCAGAACAUGGCCAUUUGCCACAUAGGAUCUUCCACAACGUGUGGCCGCUUCUCUCUGCACCUCUGGGAUGGCCGGGAAAUGUUAUUUUGCAUUGAGGAUCUUCACUGUGGGCCAGGCAUUCCCAGCCACCCUCCAAGGCAUGAGCACCAUUUCACAGAUGCGCCAGCUGAGCCUGGAGCAGUUGUGUUACUCCUGCAGGUGCAGUCUCUGCAAACCACGUUCGGGACUUUUGAGUCCCUCGUGAGAAGCUCCCAACAUAAACAGGAUCUCACAGACAAAGCCGUGAAGCAAGGGGAGAGCGAGAUGAACCGCAUCAGCGAAGUUCUACAAAAACUCCAGAAUGAGAUCCUCAAAGACCUCUCGGAUGGCAUCCACGUGGUCAAGGACGCCCGGGAGCGGGACUUCACGUCCCUGGAGCACACGGUGGAAGAAAGGCUAACCGAGCUCACCAAGUCCAUCAACGACAACAUUGCCAUCUUCACGGAGGUCCAGAAGAGGAGCCAGAAGGAAAUAAACGACGUGAAGGCCAAGGUCGCCUCCCUGGAAGACUCCGAGGGAUACAAGCAGGAUUUGAAAGCUUUGAAGGAAGUGGUGAAGGAAAUACAAACCUCGGUGAAGUCCAAAGAGAAGGACAUACAGGCCUUGAGAAGCACUGUCCAGACCAUGGAGUCCGAUGUCUACACGGAGGUCAAAGAGCUGGUGAACCUCAAACAGGAGCAGCAGAGGUUCAAGGAGGCGGCCGACUCGGAGCACCACACCCUGCAGGCGCUCACGGAGAAGAUCCUCCAGGCGGAGGAGUCGGCCGCCCGCUUCCCCCAGGAGAUCCGGAGACUCGAGGAGGAGCUCGGCCAGCUGAAGGCCGCAGCCCUCAGGCCGGAAGAAAACGGGGUCUUCAGACCUUCCGAGGCCUUCGAAACGCUCCAGAAGGAGAGCCAGGGCUUGGGCUCGCGGCUGCGGCGCGUGGAAGACGGGGUGCAGGCGGCGCAGGCAGCCUGGGAGCGCCUGGGCGAGACCCUGGAGGAGCAGGCGCUGCGCCUGGCGGAGCUGCAGGCGGGCGUGGCCGCCGCCGCCGCCGCCGCCGCGGGCCCCGCGCCCGGCCUCCGCGAGGCCCAGCUCGCGCUGGCGGGCGACGUGGACGAGCUGAAGCGCCGCGUGGCUGAGCUCCCUGGCGCCUUGGAGGCGCUGCAGCAGGUGCAGGAGCAGGUCCGCGCGCUGCUCGGCCGCGACGCCGCCGCCGCGCCCCCGCAGGACCUGCUGGACAGACUCUCCUCUCUCGACAGCCUCAGAGCCUCCGUGGGCCAGGUGGAGUCGGACUUGAAAAUGCUCAGGACUGCCGUGGACAGUCUGGUCGCGUACUCGGUGAAGAUCGAGACCAACGAGAACAACUUGGAGGCCGCCAGGGGCUUGCUGGAGGACCUGAGGAAUGACCUGGAUAGGCUGUUUGUGAAAGUGGAAAAGAUUCACGAGAAAGUCUAAAUGGAUGGCGUGCGCAGGGCGCGGGUGGCGAGCCCCGUUUCUCCUGACCCAAACCAUGCGCUCUUGGCUCCCGCGCCUCCCCCCGGGGCCUGGUCCCUCCCGCAGAGCCGGCCGCGCCGCCGGCCGCCGGGCAUUCUGCGUUCCUGCGCCCGGGUAAUUUAUUUACGGUGGUGACCGCGUGCCGUCGGUCGCGCGGGUCUGCUGCUUCUGCUUUGGGGGGGUUUUCUGAAGGUCCGGCCCCUGUGUCUCAGAGGCGCCUUCUGGAAGGGAUGCCUUUCCCUAGUGUCAGGGAAGAACCGAGGAUUAACAGAAGCAGAUUAACCUCAAAAAACCCUGCCUGGCUGGCAGACUUCAAGUAAAAAAAAAAAAAAAAAAAAAAUGGGGGGAGGAAGUACUUUUCUUUCUAAUUGUCUUUAAGGAAAAUUCAUUUCACUUUUUUCUUUUUUUUUUAAAAGUACUUCUGGCCGAGGUUUUCUUGAGAUGUCGCUCAUUUCUUGUCUUCCGCCUUAAACUGGUUACAACUCAUAAAUGUCAGCUCUGAAUUGGGAGGGGGACAAGCCCCUCCAUUUUUAGUUGAAAAGAACCAGCUGCUGGAUGGUCUGUGGGGUCGGUGUCUUCUCCAUUCCCGAACCAUUUCUCGAUCUCAAUGGUAACUAUGCAAAGAAUCCAGACGGUUCUGAAUGUGAAGGCACAGCCCCCCACAGAGUCCCCUGUGGCCGACCUGUGUCACCUCUUGGUAGGGCCCCCAAAUAAGGCCUUUAGAAUAUGGGUUCAGAAUCCCUAAAAGGGGAGUCCUUGGAUCCUUUCAGGAAAUGUAUUAUGAGAGCUGCUCAUAAGGGUAUGGGCUGCCUCCCUGGGGAAUGAAGGCCACUUCUUUAUUUUACCACCAUGUCCGUGAAGAGGUUUGCUGUCUGCAGACCCCAUCCAUCAGUGAGAAGCGUGUGCGUUUUCUGUAGCUGUUUGCUGUUUCCCUUCCCCUUUGAGCUGUACUGUUCUUUAAUGGCUGUCUUGCCCUUUAAAAAAGAGAAAAGAAAAAAAGAAAAAAAAAGGAAAAAAAAAAAGUUUGUUUAGUUUACUGUGAAAUGAACUGUAUGGCUUAUUUACAGUAUUUUUAAUUCUUAAUAAACACUUGAGCUUUGUUAUGA